UUAUUAAAAUUUUUCAUUUCAUAUUUAAGUAUACAAAAUAUUUUAAACUGUAUGAUCUUAUUGAAAUCUUUUUGAUAAUCAAUAAAAUAUGUUUAUUUAAGUGUUAACAUUUAUUUUUGACUUUAAACAUUUGGAUUUAACUAAAAGUAUUUUAUGGGGAAUCCUAUUUUACAAAAUGAAAUGUAUCAAGUUUGCAAGAUCAUAAUAGAUCAAAAUACUUUUCUGUAAUGUUAUCAAUAUUUCUUGAAUACAAUUUUACAUAAAAAAACGCCAACAAUCAAUAAUAAAACUAUCACUAUGUCAUCAAUUCGGGACAAGCAAAUUGCAGCAUUAAAGCAAAUGCUCAACUUAAAUAGUUCUGAAUAUAAAGAUAAUGGUUCAGAACCAGUAUGGAAAGUACUUAUAUAUGAUCGCCGAGGCCAAGAUAUUCUAUCACCAUUAAUUCCAAUUAAAGAAUUACGAGAAUGUGGUGUAACAUUGCACUUGAGCAUUCAUUCUGAACGAGAUCCUAUUCCUGAUGUAGCAGCUAUUUACUUUUSUAUGCCGGAUCAAGUUAAUCUCGACAGAAUAGCUCAAGACUUUCAGAAUAAUGUAUAUGAAAAAUAUUAUUUAAACUUUAUCUCGGCUAUUUGUCGUCAAAAACUAGAGGAUUUGGCUAGUUCAGCACUACAUACUGAAAAUGUAAGCCAUGUUCAUAAAAUUUAUGACCAAUAUUUAAAUUUUAUUUCUUUGGAAGAUGAAUUGUUUAUAYUAAGUAAUCAAAAUGCUCAAUCAGUAUCAUAUUAUGCAUUGAACCGUGCAGAUGCAAAAGAUACUGAUGUAGAAGUAAUGAUGGAUGAUACUGUUGAUGGUUUAUAUUCUGUUUUUGUAACUCUUGGAACAUUACCUAUAAUUCGCAGUGCUCGUGGUAAUGCUGCAGAAAUGGUAGCUGAAAAAUUAGACAAAAAAUUAAGAGAAAAUCUAAGAGAUACUAGAAAUAGUUUAUUCUCAUCUGAAAACUCUGGAAUUUACAAUUUUCAACGACCCCUUUUGGUUGUACUUGACCGAAAUAUUGAUAUGGCAACACCUCUUCAUCAUACAUGGACUUAUCAAGCGUUGAUACAUGAUGUUUUAAAGCUAAAUUUAAAUAGAGUUACAGUAGCACAAGAUCAAAAAAAACCCAAAACUUUUGAUCUUGAUCCUAAAGAUUCUUUUUGGACAACUCACAAAGGAAGCCCAUUUCCUACAGUAGCAGAAUCAAUUCAAUCCGAACUGGAACAUUUAAAGAACUCUGAAGAAGAAGUCAAACAGUUAAAAGAGUCUAUGGGUUUAGAUGGCGAAAGUGAUGUGGCUUUAGCCAUGAUGAGUGAUAAUACUGCUAAACUGACAUCUGCUGUUAAUUCUUUACCACAAUUAUUAGAAAAGAAAAGAUUAAUAGAUAUGCAUACAGAUUUAGCUACUAGUAUUUUAUCUGUGAUUAAAUCGAGGCGUUUAGACUUACUGUUUGAAUUUGAGGAAAAAGUAAUGAGCCAAGCAUCAUUAGAUAAGCAAAUAUUAGAUAUUAUAAAUGAUACAGAAGCUGGAACUGCUGAAGAUAAAAUGAGACUAUUUAUAAUUUAUUACAUCUAUACACAUUCCAUAUCAGAUUCAGACAUAGAUAUG